AUGUCUACUUACUCUCACCGUGCCUUUUACUCUGUGCAUCAAACAUACAAAUGGAUUCUGGAAUGGGAGACAGUGAAAAUGGCGACAAAAGAAUGCGAUACUAAAGUGCAGUCUGGUUUUGUUGACGACUGGCAGCGAGGACAAACUGUCAUUCAGAGUCUCCGAUAUUCACUGGAGGAAAACAUUUUAUCUGACGUCACGUUCAUAGUGGGAGAAAACCGGAAGCGUAUACAGGCUCACAGGCUGAUACUCAGUCUACGCAGCUGUGUCUUCAUGGCGAUGCUGAACGGACCUUUGUCGGAGCAGGAUGACAUUGAAAUCCCGGAUAUCGAGUCUGAUAUAUUUGAACAGGCUUUGAAGUUCCUGUACACCGAUGACGUCAACAUUGACGGUAACAACAUCAUCAGGCUCUUUUAUGUGUCAAAGAAAUACCAGAUCGAGUAUCUCAAAGAAAAGUGCCUGACAUACGUGGACACAUCACUGACGUCACAAGACGUAUCCGCGAUGAUGGAAGACGCCCACGUAUACUUGGAACAAGACUUGAUGCAGAAGGCGCUUGAAUACAGUUGGGAGAAUGGCUACGCAGUUUUAAAAUCUGAUAGCUUCUGUGGUCUGUGCUACGACUGUUUUGUGAAGGUCGUAGAGUCUGAUCAACUUAAUGCCAGAGAGGAGUUGGUGUUUGAAGCGUCUAUGGCCUGGAGCGAGGCAGAGUGCAGACGAGAAAGGGAGAUAACUCCGGAAAACAUACGCAACACCCUCGGUGAGAGUAUGUACCUGAUUCGCUAUCCCGUACUCGACGAAGAUUAUUUUGACAAGGAAGUCUCCGCAGCGAAUCUACUGACCGAUGCUGAACAGGUUAAGAUCCUGAAAUGUUUCCUUUACCCGGAGAAAGAUGCGUCGCCAUUUAUCUCGAAACGAAGAAGUGGAACCGUGAUGGAGAUAACGAUUCGUCGGUUUAAAAAUGAAGAGCAUUUAACCAUGAAGUGCAGCGGUACCGUCGAUGAAGGAAUAGUGUUUUCUGUAAACAAAAAAUGCAGACUACAAGGAUUCCACAUCUAUGGAACGUCACAGAAUGCUACGCUAUAGUAUGACGUCAGCGCUGAAAUGUGUGACGUGUCCACAGAUAAGCUUGUGCCUGGAUCUUCAUUAUCAAGAACAGCGAUCUCGAAGUCAAAAACAACCGAAGUUCAUUUU